AUGAAUCUCUGUCGUGUGAAGUUGUGCAAUCUGUUUAACAAUGAAUUUAUGCGACUUGAAUUGUUUCCGGCUGUGCUCAGCGAACAGCGGGCCAAGUUGUGGCAUAAAACCCAAGUUGCUAUACACUACGCCGUAAAGAAACACCUGGAAGAAUACGAAUACUUUUUGAAGGCAGAUGACGACACCUUCCUCAUCAUGGAAAAUCUCAGGAAUAUCUUGACCGGACAAAAUCCAGAACAACCUUUUAUAAUGGGUAGACGAUUUCGACCUUUUGUCAAACAAGGCUAUUUGUCUGGGGGUGGCGGUUAUGUCAUGUCGCGUGCUGCAUUGUUGCGAUUCCAUGAGGGCAUACUGCAUGAACCCAAGUGCGAGAAGGAUGCACUUGAUGAAAACGAGGACGUCCGGAUUGGUCAGUUAUGUUUUGAUUAA